CCAGUGACCGAGUACUGCACACUAUUGAACAUGUCUGUGGAUUCCAUGGGAGACGAACUCAUUUUCUUUGUCAAUGGGAAAAAGAUUGUGGAAAGAAAUGCAGAACCUGAGAUGACACUUUUGACAUACCUCAGGAGAAAAUUGGGUCUUACCGGAACCAAACUGGGCUGCGCAGAGGGUGGCUGUGGAGCCUGCACUGUGAUGGUGUCCAGGUUCCACCUGCACCAGAACCGGAUUGUUCACCACUCUGUAAAUGCCUGUCUGGCCCCAGUCUGCUCCCUGCACCACUGUGCCGUCACCACCGUGGAGGGGAUAGGGAGUGUGGCAACCAAACUGCACCCGGUUCAGGAGCGAAUCGCCAAGGCUCACGGCUCUCAGUGCGGCUUCUGCACGCCGGGAAUCGUGAUGUCCAUGUACGCCCUCCUGAGGAACAACCCGCUCCCCUCCAUGCUGGACAUAGAGGAGGCCUUUCAAGGCAAUCUGUGUCGUUGCACCGGGUACCGGCCAAUACUGGAGGGGUACAAGACCUUUGCGAAAGAGGGGGGCUGCUGUGGCAUGAAUGGGAAAGCAAAUGGCUGCUGUAUGACCAAUGAGGACAAAGAGGAGUACACAAAUGGGCAUUCAAUCUCACAGCUGUAUGACCCAUCAGAAUUCUCACCCCUGGACCCUACGCAAGAGAUCAUAUUUCCUCCAGAGCUACUGCGUUUGGAGAAGAAGUCUCAGCGACAGCUGCGUUUCAAAGGGGAGAGGGUCCUCUGGGCUCAGCCGAGCUCCCUCUCAGAACUGCUGGACCUCAAGGCACAAUACCCUGCAGCCAAGCUGGUGGUUGGCAAUACAGAAGUCGGCAUUGAAAUGAAGUUCAAGAACCUCCUGUAUCCGGUGAUUCUGGCUCCGGCGUUCAUCCCGGAGCUGAAUGUGGUCCAGCACACAGAAGGAGGGAUCCUGUUUGGAGCGGCCUGCACCCUGACUCUGCUGGGGGAGGUGCUUCGGAAGAGCGUGCAGGACCUCCCCUCCUACCAGACGGAGGUGUUCCGGGCGGUUCUGGAGCAGCUGCGCUGGUUUGCCGGGCAGCAGAUCCGAAACGUCGCGGCUAUAGGUGGCAACAUAAUGACUGCCAGCCCCAUCUCAGACCUUAACCCUGUGUUCAUGGCUGCUGGCUGUAAGCUCACUCUGCUGUCCAAAGGUGGCAAACGAGUGCUUCAGAUGGAUGAUAGGUUCUUUACUGGCUACCGAAGGACAGCCCUGAAGCCUGAGGAGAUCCUGGUCUCCAUUGAGAUCCCCUACACAAAAAAGGGCCAGUACUUCUCUGCCUUCAAGCAGGCCCCUCGUCGGGAGGACGACAUUGCCAUAGUAACCUGUGGGAUGAAUGUUGUGUUUGAGGAAGGCACCAACUCUGUGAAGGACCUCCGGCUCAGCUAUGGAGGAAUGGCCCCCACCACAGUGCUGGCCAAGAACACCAGCAAGCAGCUCAUCGGCAGGACCUGGAAUGAGGAGCUGAUGCAGGAAGCCUGUUCCCUUUUGGCUGAGGAGAUGACCCUUGACCCCUCAGCCCCUGGUGGAAUGGUUACCUACAGACGCACGCUGACGAUCAGCCUCUUCUUCAAGUUCUUCCUGACUGUCCAGCACAAGAUGGCGCGGGAUUUCAAUGCAGAGGGCAUUCUCAUGGAGGAUGUGAGACCUGACUAUACCAGCGCUAUAGAGCUCUUCCACAGGGAGACCCCCUCCAGCGUCCAGCUCUACCAGGCAGUGCCCCCAGGGCAGAACGACGUCGACGUGGUGGGCCAACCCAUAAUGCACCUGUCAGCGCUGAAGCAGGCCACUGGGGAGGCGGUCUACUGCGACGACAUCCCCCGCUUCGAGAACGAGCUCUACCUGGCGCUGGUCACCAGCACCAAAGCACACGCCUACAUCCAGUCCAUUGAUGUGGACGAGGCCCUGUCUCUACCUGGCGUGGUCACCUACCUGUCUGCUAAGGACAUUCCCGGCAGCAACCUGACGGGACCUGCAGUCUAUGAUGAGACCGUACUGGCUGAUGAUAUGGUCACAUGCGUGGGUCACAUCGUGGGCGCCGUGGUGGCCGACUCGCAGUCCCACGCCCAGAGGGCAGCCAAGGCUGUGAAGAUCUGCUACAAGGAGCUGAAGCCGGUCGUCACCAUUCAGGAGGCAAUUGCAUGUAAAUCAUUUUACCUGCCUGUGAGAAGCAUAGAGAGAGGAAACUUGGCACAGGGAUUCCAGGAAGCAGAUCACAUACUGGAAGGGGAGAUGCACAUUGGGGGGCAGGAACACUUCUACUUGGAGACAAACUGCACCCUCGCUGUUCCCAGGGGGGAGGACGGGGAGAUGGAGCUGUUUGUGUCCACCCAAUCCAUCGCAAAAACACAGCACCUGGUUGCCAAGGCUGUGGGAGUCCCAGCCAAUAGGAUUGUGUGCAGGGUGAAGCGAAUGGGCGGGGGCUUCGGGGGCAAGGAGAGCAGGAGCACAAUUCUCUCUACAGUGGUCGCCCUGGCAGCAAACAAAGUGAAAAAGCCAGUCCGCUGCAUGCUGGACCGAGAUGAGGACAUGCUGCUCACAGGCGGCCGUCACCCGUUCUUCGGCCGCUACAAGGUGGGCUUCAUGACAACUGGAAGGGUAGUUGCUCUUGACGUGACCUAUUACAGCAACUCCGGAAACUCUAUGGAUCUCUCACUGUCAAUCAUGGAGAGGGCUCUGUUUCACAUGGAGAACUCCUACAGCAUCCCACACAUCAGGGGGACAGGCUACAUGUGCAAGACCAACCUGCCCUCCAACACCGCCUUCCGAGGGUUCGGCGGGCCCCAGGGCAUGAUGGUAGCGGAGAGCUGGAUGAGUGACGUGGCACUGCGCUGCGGCCUACCUGCCGAUCAGGUACGCAGGAUUAACAUGUACAAAGAGGGAGACCUGACGCCCUUCAACCAGCGGCUGGAGCAGUUCACCAUCGACCGCUGCUGGGACGAGUGCCUCUCCCUCUCCCACUACCACCAGCGCAGGACGCAGGUCGAGCAGUUCAACAGGCAGCACCGCUGGAAGAAACGAGGACUCGCCAUCAUCCCCACAAAAUUCGGCAUCAGCUUCACUGCAGUCUUCCUCAAUCAGGCGGGGGCGCUGAUCCAUGUGUACACAGACGGCUCAGUUCUGCUGACACACGGCGGUACUGAGAUGGGACAGGGGCUGCACACAAAGAUGGUCCAGGUGGCCAGUAGGACUCUGGGCAUCCCGACCUCUAAGAUCCACAUCACUGAGACCAGCACCAACACGGUACCCAACACGAGUCCCACUGCCGCCUCGGCGUCCUCAGACCUCAACGGCAUGGCCGUCUACAAUGCCUGCGAGACCCUCCUGCAGCGUCUGGAGCCCUACAAGACCAAGAACCCAAAGGGUACCUGGGAGGACUGGGUGAAAGCGGCAUACUUUGACCGGGUGAAUUUGUCUGCAAAUGGAUUUUACAAAACUCCUGACCUGGGAUAUGACUUCGAGACAAACCAAGGAAGACCAUUUAAUUACUUCAGCUACGGCUGUGCCUGCUCCGAGGUGGAGAUCGACUGUCUGACAGGAGAUCACAAGAACCUCCAUACCUCCAUUGUUAUGGAUGUUGGCAAGAGUCUGAAUCCAGCCAUUGACAUCGGACAGGUGGAGGGGGCGUUCAUGCAGGGCGUGGGCCUCUUCACCCUGGAGGAGCUGCGCUACUCCCCCCAGGGGGUCCUGUUCACCCGAGGCCCUGGCAUGUACAAGAUCCCGGCUUUCGGGGACAUCCCCACCGAACUGAAGGUGUCGCUGCUCAGAGACGCCCCCAACGACAAGGCCAUCUUCUCCUCCAAGGCUGUAGGGGAGCCGCCGCUGUUCCUGGCUGCCUCUGUGUUUUACGCCAUCAAGGAUGCCAUCACCGCCGCCAGGGCGGAGUCAGGCCUCAGCGGACCCUUCCGAUUGGACAGCCCCGCCACCCCAGAGCGAAUACGCAACGCCUGCGAGGACAGCUUCACCAAGCUGUGCCCUGCAGCAGAAGCUGGGACCUUCACGCCGUGGGCAGUGCAGGUGUGAAGGAGGGGGAGGAGCUGCACUCACCUCCCUCCCGGGAUCGCUGGACCCUGCAUUGUGACCAGCAGGGGGCAGUCACACUGCGACUGUCCCUCAGUCUGCACCUACAGCUGUGAAAACCGCACAACAGUCACGUUUCUGUGAAUUUCUCAUUGUUUUGAUGCGUUGGAAUAUUAUUUAGCUACAGUUGCUAGCAUGGAUCCCAGGCUGAAGGAUAAAGAAAAAUGGAGAGAAAAUGAUUGGAUGGUGGCAAGUGAUGUUACUAUUUUUGUCUUUUAUGAUUUGAUUCCAUAGACAGACCCUGCUUAUCUACUUUGAGUUAAGCUUACUGUGUAGUUUGACAAUAAUACAACAGUUGUGCUCAUCUGAGGAUAUCAUGGGUAGAGCCAUCAUGUAAUCAUGUUGGCCACAUCGGCAGCCUAAUGACCAUUCCCAUACAGAGUGCACACUGACCCUGCUCAGAACCACAGUGUGUGGUACAGCCUCUGAAUGCAGACAUUAAAGACAUUCACCACUUCUGUAGCAUUGGCUAAGACAGUACACUAAUGAGGGUAACCAUUGCUAAACCCAUUAGCAUUCAAGAAUAAUGACAUUGUUUUUUUUCUCCACAAGAAUAUUAAUAACGAGUAAAAAUUGCCUUUCUUGCCAUGGUGUCUUUCUCACUGAAAUGCACAAAAAACUGUGAAUAACUGUCCACUACUCAACAAGUUAAAAAAUAUAACAUAAUGUUUAUUUCUGUUCAGCUGGGAGUGGUCAUGUUGUGAUGCUGUCAGAAAGUGAGCCAGAGUCAAGCUACACCUGUUAGGCGGGUGUAAACACUGAAAAACCAGUGUAGCUGAAGCCAGGUGUAAUCAUGG